AAUGGCUGACGAUGGAACCGGCAAAAUCGAAAGCGCAGAACAAAGAACUGAUAUGAAUAUACCAGAAGGUGAUGAAAAGGUUGAACAAAAAGGGAUGGAACAAGAUAUCCAGAAAGAAAAUGAGACCUCUGUAGCAAGUUUGAAAGUUGAUAUUGAAUCUGAAAAGUGUCUGGAAAAAAUAUCAAAGCCUGAAUCAAAUAUAGAGGAAGAGACACUUGUUGACAUUAGUACUGAUAUAACAAAAAGUAAGAAGGCAGACGAAAUAAAGGACUAUGAUUGUUCUGAAAAGGAAUGUGAACAAGUACAUGUUACUAAAGAACAACCAAAAUCUGAUUUUGGUUUAUCUGAAAAUGCGCAAAAAAGGGAAAUCCCUGAUCCUAUUACUUUACAAAAAACUACUAAUGUAAAUCCUGGUAUGGAUAUUGAGACCACAUGCUUGAGUACUGUUGAUAAAACCAAUAUGAACGCAGUCACAGACAGUGAUAAUAUUUAUAUUGCUAAUAAAGUUUCUAUUGAUACUGAAUCAGAUCAAGAUGAAUCUGAAAAUACUGACAGUAGAGUUACUGUGAAAAAUGACAACCAAGAAAAUAUAAACAUUCCUGAAAUGUUUGAAUCUACUAAUGAGACCAGAUCUGAAUUAAGGCUUUUAGGGAAUAAUGACAUGAUACAAUCUAAAGAAAGCACUGAACGUGUAAAUGUAGAACUAUCAAAAACCUCAGAAAAUAAGGAAAAGAAAAAUGCUGUUGAUAAGAACAGUUCAAAAGUUGUGGAUUUACAAGAGUUGGGAGCUUCAAAUCAGACUGACAGCCCAUGUACUACUUCUAAAAAGGAAGAGUCUGAUGGUCAUUUGAGGGAUAUAGAAAGAGGGACCCACAAUUACUCUGAAUCACACGAUAACAGUGAAAUUUCAAAGGAACAAGCUAUUGUAGCAGACAAAUCUGUAGAUGAUAUUUCUAGUGAUCAAAAUAAAUUCCUACAUGUAACUCAAUCUGAUGUACAAAUGUCAGCAACUUGCUCUAGUAAAAAUAUAGAACAAGAUUUAUCAAAUACUUCUGGUUCUGUUAAUGACCAAACUUCUAACAAAAUUACUGUAAAGGAUGUACAAAAUGAAACUUUGGAAAAUAUAGCUAAUUUGGAAAACCCAGUUGUGUCUGAUAAAGACGGAGAAGAAUCUGAAAUGGAAAUAGAUAAAAUUGUGUCAAAACAAUCGGAAACUCAAUCUUCAGAUCAUGGUGAAAUAGACAAAAUUGAGUUGAACCAAUUAGAAACCCAAUCUUUAGAUCAUGAAGAAAAAGAUAAAAUGGAGUUGAAACAAUCAGAAAGCCAAUUGUUAGAUCAAGAGUCAAAUGUUAAAGAUCUUCAGUCUGACAUAUCAGAUGAUGAAGACAGCAGACAUGAAACAGAAAACAAUGGAGAACAAAAUCUGAAUACAAGGACUACAGUUGAGUAUGAUUCAUUUUUGCUGUCAGAAGAUUCAUCAUCAACUUUCAUGCCAGAAAGAAAAGUUAAUGGGAUGGAGGUAGAUGCAGCACUGAUAUCAGAGUCUAGUUGUUCAGAAUAUCCACCAAGCCUUGAUACACCAGGGCCACCCACACCAGCUUCUUGUACAGUUGAUACUGGAUCCACAGGACCGACUCCUGCUAAAAGAUCUCGACAGGGAAGUGCAGAUACACCUCGUUACAAACAUCCAAUAUUUCCUGCCAGUAAAUUGUUUGAAUACCAGUGGUCACAGGAUCAAGGUGCAGUAGCAGAUUGGUUUUUUUUACAAGAACAACUCAGUGAAUUUUUAGAUGUUAAAUCAUUUAGAAGAAAAUUUCCAGAGCUAACAAGGAGACCAGUGGAUAUGAAAGAAAGAGAAUAUCUGAGAGACAGAUUGGUUGUAACAGAAACACAAUGUGAUUUAGGUUUGACCGCCGUAAGAAGUGAAGAAGUUUUAGAUAUGAUGGCAAGGGAUUAUCCGGAAAAAUAUCGACAAUAUAGUGAAGUCAUCCAUGAGAGGGAAAAACAGAAGAAGAUUGAUAAACAUAAAGAAUAUGAAGUGCCAAAAUUGGAAAAAGACAAGAUGAAACUAUACAUGCAGAAAGCUAUGAAGUCAGCAUCAGAAUGGAAUGCAGGUUUUAUUAAAGAAAGGAAGACAGAAAGAAGAGCUUAUUUUGAUCAACAAACCUUUAACAUCCACUUUCCUCUGAACAGAUAUAAGAAAUUGUUACCUGAAGAUACAAAAAUCAGUGCAUAUCCAGUGGCUUUACUGCCAGGACAGUUCCAAGAAAGUUACAAACACUACUCUGGAGAUGAAUUGAAAUAUUUCCCAUUAAACACUGCAUUAUAUGAUCCACCUAAGACCAUUAAUCACAUGUUAUCUAGUCCUACAUCACAAGAAGCUGCAUCAGAAGAGGAUGGAGAUGUAAGUAUGCAGGGUAAAUCAGGUUCAGACUCUGACAGUGAUGAUGACAGCUCUAGUAGUUCUGAAGGUAGCAGUGAGGCAGAGGGAGAUCAAGAAAAGAAGGAAGAAGCAGCAGAAACAGGAUGUAGAGUUUGUAAUUUAGAAGCAGAAGAAGAAUCUGGAACAAAAGAACUUGUUCAGUGUUCAGAAUGUGCCAGACAUGGUCACCCUGCCUGUUUAGAUAUUACAGAUGAUAUGGUAGCAGUUAUAAAAACUUACCCUUGGCAAUGUAUGGAAUGUAAAACAUGUGUAGAAUGUAUGGAUCCUUUUGACGAGGAUAAAAUGAUGUUCUGUGACAAAUGUGAUAGAGGUUAUCAUACAUUCUGUGUUGGACUGAAGUCAAUACCAAAUGGUCCAUGGAAAUGUCAAAGUUGUAAAGGACCAGAAACACUCAAAACACCAAAAUCUGCUUCAAAGCGAGGAAGAGGUAGAGGUAGAGGACGUGGUCGGGGCUCAGGAAGAGGACCUGGUAGACCUCCCAAGAAUUUACAGAAUUCUCCAAAACCAACCAAAUCUCCAAAACGUGCAAACUCUCCCCAACCAGUAAGUUCUCCUAAACCAGCAAGUUCUCCUAAACCAGCAAGUUCUCCUAAACCAGCAAAUUCUCCUAAACCAGCAAAUUCUCCUAAACCAGCUGAUACAAGUGUUAAUAAUGAAUCCAGUUCAGCAGAAAGUUCCCCACCUGCUACAGAAUCACAAGAAGAAACGAGCUAAUUUCCAGGUUCUUAAAGACUGCAUAGAAAAUAUUUUUACUAUGAAAAAAAAAUGUUGUUCAUUGUUGUUUUCUUAAUUUCAUCUAACUGUGAUGUAUCCAUUAUUUGAAUUCAGAAUUAUGUUGAAACUAAGAGUUAAGAUUGGAUUAAAAAUUUAAUUGACUGGCUUGAUUACUUGUUAACCUAAUUGUUUCUGAUGUUAUGUGAAGACCCUGGAAAUUAAUGCAAUAUAAUUUUUAUGCCCCCGCCGCUAGGCGAAGGGGGCAUUAAGUGUUACCCUUGUCCCUCUGUACGUACGUAUGUCCCAAAAUUGGUUUCCGUUCUUUAGUUUGCCUCAACCAAAUGUUAUGAAACUCAUACACAAUGCUUAUUACCAUAAAACACAGAUCAAGUUCGAAUUUCACUUUUACACUUCUUUUGUUAUGUCCCUUUAUAACGUUAUAUGCAAGCGGGGGACAUAGACACAUUCUCCAUUUAUUUGUACUGAACUAUACUAAAUACUUUAAUGAUACCAAUAUGGAAUAGUUUUAAUUCCCCAUUACUUGUCUUAUUUUGUGAUAGAACAGUAAAGGAUCAAAUCUAAAAUAUUUUAACUAAAUGUGAACUGGAAUUGACCUGUCUAAAUAUAUUCAAUCACACUUAGUAAAUAACUGUUAAGACUUGGUUGGUCACUAGCACUCAUAUUAGAGUCAAAAACAAGUAAGUAAGUUUUUAUACAUCUAAAGUUAAAUCCUUUUAUAAGAAAAGCUAGACACAAAUUUUAUUUCAUUUUCUCACAUGGUGAUGCAUCGACUUUGUCAGGAUGCUUUUGUUAAUCAGAAUAGUAAGAAUACUGGAACUUAGUCCAGAAUCAACCUUUUCUUUCAUAUAUCUUUAUAUCAUGAAACAUACAAGGGGCAUUGAGUCUUACCGACAGGUUACUUCCAGUGCAAAACAAUAAAAUUCUGUUCUCUCAUGAAAAUUCAGACCCAAAAGACUUUGUUUGGGGACAUUCUUUUUUCUAGUUUCUCAAUUGAUGAUAUAUAUAUAUAUCAUUCCAGUAUGUUUGUCAAAAGGAAAUGUCUCAUGGUGCUAUAUACCAUUAAUAUUGUUUAUUUGUGUGAUAUAUGUUUAUAAUUUUCUUUGUUCAUUUGCAUAUUUUUACUACGAAAUUUUUGUAUAAAUUGAGUUAAAUGAAAUAUUUGUAAUUGCAUAAAAUGUAAACCUUGAUACAUUUAUACAGAGUAUCCCAAUGUUUUGAUGUAGUGAAGAGUAAUUGAUAGCUCUUAGGCACCUAGAUAUAAAAACAUGUGUUAAAUGAUUUUUCAUUUACUUUAAUGUUCAAAUUGGUACUUUUUAAGAAGUAUCUGUAUUUUUGAAAACUGUUGUAUGUAGUAAUUUUACUAAUUAAACAAAUGAAAACCUUAA